UACGCCUUGAAACCUAGAAAAGUACCUUCGGUACCGGAGAGGCAGAAAUCGAAACAAACUGAAACCGAACUCGUAAACGAUCAGUUAUGGCUCGAUACGAUAGAGCGAUCACCGUUUUCUCGCCGGACGGCCAUCUUUUCCAGGUGGAGUACGCCCUAGAAGCCGUACGAAAGGGUAACGCCGCAGUGGGCGUUCGAGGUACAGAUACUGUUGUCCUCGGCGUCGAGAAGAAGUCUACUCCCAAGCUUCAGGAUUCCAGAUCUGUACGGAAAAUCGUAAAUCUAGAUGAUCACAUUGCAUUGGCUUGUGCUGGACUUAAAGCAGAUGCACGUGUUCUUGUAAAUAGAGCACGCAUUGAGUGCCAGAGUCACAGGCUCACUGUGGAAGAUCCUGUUACCGUUGAGUACAUAACUCGCUAUAUUGCUGGCCUUCAGCAAAAAUACACUCAAAGUGGUGGUGUAAGACCAUUUGGUCUUUCUACCUUGAUUAUUGGUUUUGACCCAUACACAGGCGUUCCAUCUCUUUAUCAGACAGAUCCAUCAGGUACUUUUUCAGCAUGGAAGGCCAAUGCAACUGGGAGGAACUCCAACUCAAUCCGGGAGUUUCUUGAAAAGAACUACAAGGAAACCUCUGGCCAGGAAACUGUGAAGCUAGCCAUUCGUGCUUUGCUUGAAGUAAGUCUCCUUGUGCAUGCUACUUAUUUACUAAGGUUCAUUGGAACUGCUUUAUUGUUACCUAUAUAUUUUGCAUUUUUUAUUAGCAAUAUCUAGCAUAUCAUGAAAGUUUCUCAUAAACUUUGGAAAUCAUUUCCUCUUAAAAAAUCUCUCUUCCUUAAAAUUAGUUAACUUGAAGUAUAUGGGCCAUAAAAAUGUAAAAUAAAUGGAAAGGAGAUGGACCAAUGUUGAAGGAUGGAACAAUGGAAGCAUGAAACUAGCUUUUUUUUUUUUUAAAAAAAUCAUUAUUCUAGCCUCUUUUAUCUUUUUCUUUUCCCCCUUCACUUAUGGGAGGUGGGCUUUCUUAAUGGGUUGAGUAUCUUCUAUGUGAAGUUAUUACCCUGAUACAAAGUGCCUUGUGUCAAACUGCCCCCCUAACAUGCAAUUUCCCCUGACCAGUGCAAUCUGUACUAAUUUAUAUAGGUUCAUUGGUUUAGUUAAUUCCUAUUUGGGUUGGAUUAUUCCAAACAAAAGCUACCUAUUUUAUGAACCUCAUUUACCAUUUCACUGAGCAUAUAUAAUGGGCUUCCUAGACCUGUUCCAUGCUAAGGGCGCAUUUGGUUCAAACAUUGGAAUCGAAAUGGUAAUUGGAAUCAAAUACUUGGUAGUUGUAAUAGGUUAAGUA